AUGGCUCCUAGGCACACUGAUCUCCGCAAAGUAAGGUAUUUCGAAGAUAGAGCAGAAUUUUUGCUACGCAAAUGCAAGCCAGAAGAUAAGACCGACUUUGUGCUGCAAACAUUUCUUGAACUCAGCAAGGAUGGUUGGUCUGUCUGUACCAACGGAAGAGUCGCUGCAAGUGUGGAGAAGAUGGUGCCGUUUGCAUCAGCGGAAGCAACUGGCUGCCUGUUGAAGGUCUUCACAAAGGAACUAGAGCCCCUUUUCAGCACCAAAUUUGCACAUCACGUCCUUCACGCUGCUCUUCGGCACUGUACCUCUCAGCCAGAUCUUCGUCAAGAUGAACUCAUUUCCUCUUGUAUCAUUGACUAUCUCGACUUCAUGUGGGAUAAUUAUGCCAUUUUUCUACAACAGUCUCAUGCCUCACCAGCUCUACGCGUUUACCUUCAACUUCUCUCCGGAGUAAACAUUCCAAAAUCUCCUCAUACGGGGCUCUAUGAGGUGGAUAAAGUCACUCUUACUGAUCCACUUGAUCCUACCUCCUCCGAUCGGAUCACUGACCUGACCAAUCAGUUCCUUCUCUCGGAGUCGUUUAAUGCCUUCGUUGUGGACCCCAUGUCUGGUGCUUUUCUGCAAACCCUGAUCAUUGUCUGCUGGAAGCGGUUGGAAAAGGAUUUUGAGGCGAUUUGUUCGAAUAUUUUGCGCAGGUCACAACUCUUGAAAGCAUCUGAUGAUGCGGAGGUUCUGAAGUUGGAUGAAAAACGCGAGAUUCGCCUUCCAAUGGGAUUCUCCCACCCCGUAGCGGUAUUUUUCAUGGAGACACUAAUUAGCCUCCUUCCGGGGCGUUUGCUUCGGAAAUUUCUACACAACCACCUUCUCACCAUGCCGUCAUUGUCAGAAGGCAGCACCACCGAAGUAUCGGUCGUCUCUGCACUGGCAGGUCACGAAAACGCAUGCCGAGUGCUGCGCGCUACUAUCCGAGCGGUGAGGCGAGCCUCCGAUCUAAAAGAAAUAAUGUCGGCCCUCCAAUUGCCUGGAAUUGGUGAGACAGGGACAGGUCUGAGGGUGGCUCUCGACUCCGGUCAACAUUACCUCCUCAUCGCACUGGCCGAAGCGUGUCGUCGGUGCAGUGGGACCAGUGCGGAGGCCGUUCAGGCUACGUGUGAGAAGAUUCUCCUGGAGGCAUUCGAAUAUGUCCCAAAGACCAAAGCUAACGAUCAGCUAAUCAAAUCAAUUGUCCGCUUGAAGAGGCAGCCUGAACUCAAGACUAGCAGUGACGGAGAGGAGGAAGAGAAGAAACCACCAGCGACGGAGUGCAAGUUGGCGGGUUGCUUGCUGGCUGAGGAGGUGUUGAGUUUCACCCAUCACCGUCCAACUCGCCUGGCCAUCAGCCUAGCCAGCCUGCCAGCUGCUGAAAUGGUCGCGUGGGCGCGCAAUCAUAUGUUGCAUCGGGUCAUUGAGUCUGCCCUCCUCUCGCCCUCCGUGCCGGAGCAGAGGAAGCUUCAAAUCUUUGCAUGUCUCAAGCCACAAUUGGGUACCUUAGCCAUGGACCAAUCAGGCAGCCGGGUGGUUGAGGCCCUAUGGCGCAGCUCAGAAGCCUCCGCGUCGAAGCCAUCCACGGGAAAAGAGAUGUUAUCGUUGCGUGAGGAGAUUGCGCGGUGUUUGGCACCUUUGGCUGACCGUUUGGCGGGUGCAAAGUUUGGCAGAUUUGUGGAGAAUUUAGUCGCCUCUGCUGUCUACCGCACGAAUCCACAACGAUGGCGACAGGUUAAGUUGGCCGAGGCUAGCACCAACACCACUAAGGCUAAGGAACAGACGGCGGGAGGAUUGGGCAGUUCAGUGAAGCGACGUCAAUCACAAACGGACUUGCAGAAGCGUGAACAUUUGGCCAAGAAACAGAAGCACUGA